AAGGAAAUACAUUGACAGCCUCUGCCUUGUUACCUCCACGCGGUCGCGACCCGUGCGUGGGUGGCGUGACCAGUUCCCUUUCGUUGCACGAUCACCCAAGCUGCGACGUGACCUUAGAAAGUGGUUAUGGUGGUAGCGAUACGUCUUUCAGUUCUGUCACUUCCUGUGGUAUCUCAAGUCGUCCAUGUGAUCUACUGGACCGCACACUUCCGUCCGAACCGGAUUGUAAACGGCCACGAUGCGAAGUUCAAGAACAAACCACAAAUACCAUUACAACCACGUCCACUGGGAUCACCACACAACUCGCUGUUGCUCUGCCCCAAUCCAAGACCGGACACAGCAAAGAGGUAUCACCCGAAGAUGACGGUGAGAUUGAUAGACGUCCAUUCAAAUCUAAGCUGGAGGAGUUACUAGCCGAGUGUCGUCGCUCAGAUUUCGCCAUCUCUGCCCUCGAUCGGUCUCCAAUAGAUCGAAUGAUGGAAGCAACCGAUUACAUCGUGGGUAUCAUGGCUUACGAACAAAUUCGUGAGACAAAAGUAAGCCCUCAUUGUUUGAAAUUGUGA